CGACGUUGUGCUUCUGCAAGACCAAAACCACAGAGCCGGUUGGUUGAUCAUCACUGCUCAAUUCUUUCCCCAAGGUAUGAAAAUGGAUGGAAUUGGCGUAUUGAUGACCUGCCCAAUGUUGUCCUAUCUUGAAGAAGAGCUAGAUAAACGAUUCAAGCUCUUCAGGCUAUGGGAAGUACCUUCCAAGAACGAUUUGCCGAAAGAAAACUUAGAAUCUAUCCGAGCAGUGGUGGGUAACGCAGGGUUUGGAGCUGACUCGGCGCUGAUCGACUCGCUACCGCAGUUGGAGAUCGUUUCAAAUUAUAGUGUGGGAUUAGAUAAGAUUGACUUGGUCAAGUGUAGAGAGAGAGGCAUUAGGGUCACCAACACGCCCGAUGUUCUCACUGACGACGUCGCUGAUUUAGCCAUUGGUUUGAUAUUAGCGACAUUGAGGAGAAUUUGUGCGUGUGAUCAGUUUGUGAGAAAUGGGUUGUGGAAAAAUGGCGAUUUUAAGUUGACAACAAAGUUCAGUGGUAAAUCAGUUGGCAUUAUUGGAUUGGGCAGGAUCGGUUCAGCCAUUGCUAGAAGAGCUGAAGCAUUUGGCUGCCCCAUCAGUUACUACUCCAGAUCCAAGAAACCACAUACAGAUUACAAAUAUUACUCAAACAUUAUUGAUUUGGCUGCUAAUUGUGAAAUCCUCAUUGUUGCAUGCGCACUAACGGAAGAAACCCGCCACAUAGUCAAUCGUGAUGUCAUUGAUGCUUUGGGUCCAAAGGGCAUUCUCAUCAACAUCGGACGAGGCCCACAUGUUGAUGAGACGGAACUUGUUUCUGCACUUCUUGAACAACGAUUAGGUGGGGCGGGGCUAGACGUGUAUGUGAAUGAGCCUGAGGUACCCGAGGUACUGUUUGUGCUCGAUAAUGUUGUUCUCCUGCCUCACGUUGGAAGUGACACUGUGGAAACCAGUAGGGCCAUGGCAGACCUUGUGAUUGGAAAUCUGGAGGCACUCUUUUUAAAUAAACCUUUGUUGACUCCCGUGAUCUGAUUUUAUGGAGAAGGUAUGGAUAAAACUCUCUAACAGGUAGUAGUUGCUAUAGAACUGUGUUAACUGCUCCAUGCUUAGUUCCAAGAACCAUUUUUAGUUGGUUGUCAAUGGCUCAUAAGCCGUUAUUCUGCCCUAAUUUCUGAUUCGUUUCAUAAACUGAUUUUUGAGAAACGGUCCGCAUAAUUUUAAUUGUUUGUCGUGGG